AGUUUAAUAUAAUAAUGUAAUGUACAUAUUUUAUGUUGUUUUUGUGGUCUGAUAACAGGGUAUAAGAGACCGAAUAACCUUGGAGCAUUUUAGUUUGUGCUUUUGUGUCUGAGAUGUGAUUGGAAAAUGGUGAAAAGUGCGACCAAAUUGUUCUUAAUUGGAAUUUGUUUGAACGGAAUAGCGAAUUCGCAGAAACUCGAAGAUGAUUCAACGACUCCGCCCCCGUCGAGCACAGCCACGCCCCCGCCUUCUUUCGCUCUCCCAGUUCCAGAGGCCUACGGCCGAAACCCUCUUCCUGCGUCCACCACCGCCACGCCCCCUCCGCUCGUAAAACACGCCCAGUGCCCGCCCCUCGAGCCCAACCUCGACUCCCUAACCCAGGAGCAAUUUACCGCCCAACUGACAGAUGCCUGCCGCUACGACAAACUGAUCAAACCCCCCACCACCAAGCCCCUCCAAGUCCACAUGCAGAUUGAUCUGACGCACAUAGAAUCGGCUGACCAGUUGCAAUUUAAAGCCCAUAUGUUGGUACAAUAUUUGUAUAGAGACCACCGAUUGGCUUACGAGGUUCUAUCCCCUCAUAGAGAAAGUCUGCUGGGGGAGGAGCUUCUAAGGAACAAAAUCUGGGUGCCGCAUAUCAACAUAGGGAACGAGAAGGACACUACCAUUAUGGGUAUUGACGGGAAGGAUGUGUUUAUUUCGAUAGGUCCGAAGGGAGACGUGGUGUACUCAUACCGGCUAACUGCGACUUUUUACUGUUGGAUGAACCUCCAGAAGUUCCCGUUUGACUCACAGGAGUGCAACUUGAAAUGGAAUAGCUGGACUUACAAUUCCACGAAUUUGGUACUUCUGUGGGUCCCGGAGCACUCAGUCAAGCUUGCUAACAAUCUACAUCUGACUGAAUUUAUACUCACUGACACUUGGGCGGAAGAGAGUGAGGUGCCUGCCUCCUUCACCAAAGGGGCUUUCGUUGGCAACUUCUCUCAACUUAUCUUCCGGUUCAAACUAACCCGCGAGGUCGGUUUCUACAUCAUGGACUACUUCCUGCCGUCCAUCCUCCUCGUGAUUAUCUCCUGGGUGACCUUUUGGCUCCAAGCCGACGCGGCGCCCCCACGGGUCACCCUCGGAACCGCCACCAUGUUGGCCUUCAUCACCCUCAACGGCGGCCUCACCAAAAACCUACCCAAGGUCUCCUACAUCAAGGCUAGCGAAAUCUGGUUCCUCGCUUGUGCCGUCUUCAUUUUCUGCUCUUUGGCCGAGUUCGCCUUCGUUAACGUCAUCUGGCGGCGCCAGAAAGAAGUCCAAGUGAAGAAAAAAAGCAGCAAACAUAUUCUCAAAGGCGCCAUCUCUCCAAAUCUGGCGCGAAAGUCUCUGAGAAAAGAAUCCGACACCGGACUCUACAAGGCUCGGUCGUGCUCCAGUCUAGAGGAAACCGAUAGUGUGAGCAAGAACUCGCAAGCCAACUACUUGACGGUGCACAGUUUUCCAAGUAGUUUGAAAGUACCCACAAUCACGACCCAAAGCCAGGACGACUUGAUCGAAAAAGACGACACUUCGAUUAAGAUGCCCCCCGAGAGUAAUUCCCCCGAACCCCAAAGAUGGACGACCAUGACACCGCACGAAGUCGCCAUGUGGAUCGACAAAAAGUCGCGAAUCGUCUUCCCGCUUAGUUUCAUCAUUUUCAACAUUUUCUAUUGGUCGUUUGUGUAUGUAGUGUGAAGUUGUCGUUUCUAGUCGUAGCGUACUUUGAUUCUCGUACGAGUAGGGAAAUAAUGGCGCUGACGUCACGUUUUGGCGCCAAUUUCAAACCUACCGCGUCGUAUUUAUUUAUUCUUUUAUAGAACAUGAUU